AAAAGGAGCUUGAGCGUCAAGCGCAGAUGACAUGAGGAUAUACGUGUGUUCUAUUUUGUUUUUUGUGGGUGUUUUUUAAUAAACAAGUCAAGAGAGGUGGAAUAACUAAGCAAAGGAAGAGAUUGUGUGAUCGAGGACCGACUGACAUGGAAUCAAAGCGACUCAGACAAACUUGGGAUUAUCAGUGACAGAUCAACACAAGUGGAGUUACUUAAACAUGGACUGAUUUGGGAGUCACCACAAACACACACGCACGCACACACACACACACACACACACACAAACAUAUUUGGUUUCCUGUUGUGAUCGGUCUUGGACAGGGGUGAGUAUGCAGGAGUCUCCAGGUGCCAUGGGUGCAGACGGCAGUUAUGCCAGUAAUGUUCCAGCGUUUCUCACCAAGCUGUGGACGCUGGUGGAGGAUCCAGACACCAACCACCUCAUCUGCUGGAGCGCUACCGGAACGAGUUUUCACGUGUUUGACCAGGGACGGUUUGCUAAGGAAGUUCUGCCAAAGUACUUCAAACACAAUAAUAUGGCAAGCUUUGUGCGGCAGCUUAACAUGUAUGGUUUCCGUAAGGUGGUGAACAUCGAGCAGAGCGGUCUGGUGAAGCCUGAGAGAGAUGACACCGAGUUCCAACACCUGUACUUCCUCCAGGGACACGAACACAUGCUGGAGCACAUCAAGAGGAAGGUGUCCUUAGUGAAGAGCGAGGAGACCAAAGUUCGCCAGGAGGACCUGAGCAAACUGCUCUACGAAGUUCAGCUUCUCAGAACACAACAGGACAACAUGGACUGUCAGAUGCAGGACAUGAAACAGCAGAAUGAGGUCCUGUGGAGAGAGGUGGUCUCACUGAGACAGAACCACACGCAGCAACAGAAAGUCAUGAACAAGCUGAUUCAGUUUCUGUUCAGUCAGAUGCAGUCCAACACGCCCAGCACCGUGGGCAUGAAGAGAAAGCUGCCUCUGAUGUUAGACGAUGGUUCUCCCAGUCCUCCUCCUUCCAAGUUCAACCACAGUCACCCAAUGGAGCCCAUUCAUGAGUCCUUCUACAUUCAGUCGCCAUCCAGUGACACUGCCUCAUGUUCCACUAGUGUGCUGACAGGAGGGCCCAUCAUAUCAGACGUCACUGACCUGUCUCAGGCCAGCAUGGCCCUGCAGAUGCAGCCUGAUGAGACCAGGGAGAAGUGCAUGAUGCUCAUCAAAGAAGAACCUGUGAGUCCAGGAGUCAGAGGAGGAGCAGGAGCAGCAGGGAAAGGAGGCAGUGUGGUGGGAGGAGAGGCCGCAGCACUGACUGUGUCCACAUGUGAGGUUUGCUCCGCUGAACCUCCCGUCCUUCCCGUUGCAAUGGUCCAGUCUGUUCUGGAGGGGAGGGGCUCUGUGACCUCUGCGGUGGAGAAGAGGAGUAAAAGGUUGCUCAUGGAAAGAGUGGAGGACACAGUGGAGACCGUGGACAUGAGUCUGGAGGAGCUUCAGCAGCUGCUGCUCAGGAGUCAUCAUCAGCAGCAGCAGCAGCAGCAGCAGCAGCAGCAGCAGCAGAACACUGUGGAAGCUGGGAGCAGCGCUGUCAUGGAUCCCUUCAGUUUAAGCCUGCCACUCACUGAGUGGACCUUCACAGAGAUGGAGUCCAACCUCAAAUCGUACAUGUUCCAGAAUCAGGAAGCGGAGGCUUUUCCAGCUGCUGGAUGUGAAGACCAGUGAUUGACACCUGUGCAGUGGAUUGUCCUCCCUCUGAAGAUGAAGACUGGAAUGACCGAUUACUUGGUGAGCUGCUAUUUCCUGACACUGUCACCUCGUCCGUCUCUUCAGGCCACAGAAGCUGCUGUUACCCUCAUUAUUCCACUCUGCAUGAGUUUGAUCCCACGGCCGCCGCCAGGCUCUUUCCUACAGCACAUUUGCAGUCUUUAUACAUCCACUCGAAAAAGGGCCUGCCUGGUAACAUCAUAGACACACACAGUGUUGUUCUUCAUUGACCCAAUCAAGGCUGCUUAUAUUCAUAACGCUGUCAUCACUGGAAAAGAUGCUGGUCUUAGGUUUUUUUUAUAGUUCCCCAGUGACACGAUUAUUUCCAGAUAUAAUAUUAAGCCACCUGUAUGAAAACAGUGCAUUCUUGGCUCCUGCACUUUAGCCUUUGUGUGAGUGAUUUUCGGAUUUUUUUUUUUUGCGUAUAGUGAAAAAACUGACUUGUAUUAAGAGGUAAACUUGAGCAAAACAAUCACUUUAUCACAUAAAAUGCAGUGUGUUCAAAAUACACCGUACUAUAUAUUAUUUAAGUGAUGCAUUUCAAUCAAUGAUAAAUGUUUAAAGUGGGACUAUGCAGGAUUUCUCUUCAGUUCACGGGAAAUUGGGAGCUGUCCCUGCGGCGCCCCUCAGAAUCAGGAGGUCUCACAAAGACUCUGCGUCUUAUGAGAAACACAAAUGACUUUAUUUUAGACGUUCAUCAUGGCAGAGCCAGCGAAAAAGAAGCAAAAGAAAACUGUUUUCGGAGGAAGCGAGGAAGAAGAGUAAACUUCAGAGCAUGUGAAACAGAUGCUGAUCCACGAAUGGUGUUCGCCGGCUCCAUUGAAAACAGCGGGGAGUUUUUACGACAGGAAGGAUAAAGCGGUAGAUGAUGGAUAGAUGGAUGUAAAAAUAUGUACUCCGAAACUGCAGGGGGAGCUCCGUAGACAAAAAGGCAAAAGCGAGCAGACUAAAUUCCACUUUAAGACAAAAACAAUGGAGUCCAGCCACUUAGUCAGAGACUUAGAGUAACUUCUCUUCUGUCCAUUUAAAUGUGAGGUUUCAAGUAUCCAACAAAAAAGACUUCUCAUCCACAAUUUUUGCACAAUCUGUAUCUUUUUAUAGUUUACAGCAACAGGUCAAAUACUGUACGUGAGAUAGCGGGACCUUCCUCUCUGAAAGUUACGGCAGUUAUCAUCUGCAAAGAAAGAGUGUCAAACAUUCAUGAAACAGUCAUGAUAGUGAAAUGCUGCUUUUCAUUCUCUGUAGAGAAAAUGAAAAUGUGUUCACAUGGAGCCAGUCUUUCAAAAUAUUUCACUAAAUGUAUGGUGGGGUGGACACUUGAGAAUUCAGCCUGCUCUAAAACAAUAAAUACCUGCUUGAUGAGAUGUAUAUUAAUGCUGUGAAAUAGUAGGAAUCAUUAGAUAUUCAGUGUAAACGUGAAUCCUCAGCGCUGGUUGCGGGCAACACUUAGAAAGAUGAGAGAUAUUUUUUGGGAACUUCUUGAAUAUGAGUUAAAUUGUGCAAUAUACUGUACAGAACUGUGGGAACUCACAGGAUUGCAGUACACGGAUGACCAUGGGAAUGUAGGGAACGACAACUGUGCGUGGCAGACUGGAACACAGUGAGAUGCACUGCAGAGUAAUACUGUCUGUUCGUUGAUGAAAGCCUUGUUAAUUCUUAGCACCGAGUUGAACAAAAGUCUCAGACUGUGUUUGAGGUUCUGGGGAUGUGCACGUGUCGGCUACACAGAUAAAGAUGGAUGACGCGUCACCAUUUUGCACGGGGACAUAAUUUAUAGUCUGAGCAAUGGUGAUCAUGGACUGGCUCGACCAAGCCAUGUCAGUGUCAAGUGUCAAUCAUGACAUAAUUUAAUGAUAUAAAAUCUCAGAAACUAUUUGUCCCUGAACAUGGAGGAGGCGGGGUUUAUGACCAAUACUGCUCCCAACCAGCAGGGCGCAAUAAAAACGCUUUGACGUUGGUAUGUUCCAUUUGAGUCGGAAGUUGGAAGUCGGGUUAUGAGUGACGUAAUUCAAAGACCCAAAUGUAGGACUAGCCAUUAUUAGCAAAACCAGUUCAUAUCAAAGUUCUUAACAUGUGACAGCAUUUGGUAAGUUGACAAAAGCAAGAAAAAUUGUCCUAUUAACAACCCCGGUUUUUGGUUAGGUGGACUCGAAUAUAAGCCCCCGCUCACCAAGCAGAAAAAACAUUUCAACAACAGUAGUCUCCAAGGAUAGUCAUCCGAGCCUCGACACUCCGGCUCCCCUGCCCGACGGACCUUUCAGCUGUGAGCCACUCAAACCAGAUGUGUCCAAGGGAGAUGUAGCAUCGUUCUCUUCUUCUUUAGUAGGAAUGCAUCCUAUUCCCUGCUUCCAGACUUGUACUGCCACCCGAUGGUGAAGUGAGAUACUACAGGACCCUGACGCGCGAGUAUCAGGGUCCGUGAUAUGCGACGCGCAAUGCGACACACACUUCGGCGACAUCAGGCACAGGAAUUAAAUCAAACAAUACCUUUAGAUAACUUUAGAUCAGUUUAAAAGACGUAAAAAGUUCCAACUGGGAACUUGGAAAUUCCGACUUCUGACUGCAACUGGAACACACUACUAUCACUUCGGGGUACUGCCAUGUCGUCCAUCUUUAUAUCUAUAUUUAUAAACACAACACAGCCCAGUGUGAGCUUCCAACAAUGCUGUUUUGUUACAGGUGCUUAGCUUUACAGCAAUGCCAAUGCCCAUUAAUGUAGAAUUAUAAAUCCAGGUUUACUUAGACAUGAUUAAUUAACUUAACAUUUUGAUGUCAAUUUGAUGUCAAUCCAAAAGCUCUUUACAGACCAAAAGUAUUUUAAAGUGAUUAAAAUUAGCUUCCGAAAAAGCACUUUUCAUUCUACUUAUUAAUAUUAUUAUUAAUAUUUCCUAAAUUGAUAGCUUUGCAUUGCUUUGGUUGUGCCAUUCUUCCAAAGUGAUGACAAUUAAAUUAUAAUUAUGGGACAAUAAAAGUACAAUAAAAAAGUCCCACGAUGGAAUGAAACAAUUUCCUUAUAAUUUAUGUAGAUUUACCUAAACUUUAUAUUGAUUUUGAUGGUUGAAAAGGUAAUCAUAUUGGAACGCACCCCAUUUUGUACAUGUGAAUGCUUUGGGGGAGAGGUGGUAGAAGAAGGGCGGUUGUGGUGUGAAACAAGGAAAAUUGCACUUAAAAAAACAGUUGUAUGAUAUUUGCGAGUUUACGGUACAUGAAAGACAUUUUUGCAUUUAUUCUUGUUCCUCAUAAACAUAUGAGUGUUUUUUUUUCCAAGGAGUGAUAUAAAUAUAUACAUUCAAUUGCUGUCAUGUUGUUACUUCAUACUGUUUUGCUUUUUGAUAUUAAAUAUGAGAACACAAGGGGGAAAUAAACAGACGUGUGUUCAAAUGACAUUCAUGCUUGUCAGGAUCACGACGAGAUACAGACGUUAUUUGUGUUAAGCGAGUGAUAAGAUCUCUGCCUGGCAACACAGAAGCACCUUUGCACUGCAGGCGGUGUGACACCAGCGUUACAUCAGUAUGCAACACAGACACGAGGAAAAGCCUCCUGGUCACAACACGGAGGAUCUCAGUGCUCAGGUGCUUUUGAAAAGUGGGCCACAACCUGCUGAAAAUGUCUAUUGUUUUAAAAAUGGUUUGGUUUUUUGUUUUUUUUGGGCAAAGACUAAAGUGUUUUGUAAUGGAGACGCAAAGAAAACCGACAUGUAU